AUUUGCCUUGGAUUGGGACGCAGCCCGAGUAGAAAAGGACCUUCCUGUUUCCAGGGGACGUCUGGUGGAGGAGUGCUGCUGCUACAACAACAGGUGCCGGUGUUUGUCGCUCCUUGCCGUAUGCGCGAUAGUGCAAUCGAUACCGAGUGACAGAGCCAUGGAGCAGUGUGCGUGUGUGGAGCGCGAGCUGGAGAAGGUCCUGCACAGGUUCAUGACCUACGGACACCAGUCGGAGGAGCGCCUCGACGAGCUGCUAAGGAGCGUGUGCGAGCUGCGCAGCCAGCUGGUCGCCUUCGGUGUACAGGACACAGAUUUAUCCGUGCUUUCUCAGACCAUGGUGCAGUGCUGUAAGGAGAUCAAGGAGACGGUGCAGAUGCUCGCGUCUCGCCACAAGGACAUUCACGGCAGCGUGUCCAAAGUGGGCAAAGCCAUCGACAGAAACUUCGACGCGGAGGUGAGCGCCGUGGUAGCAGAGACGGUGUGGGACUCCUCCGAGAAGCAGAGGAACCUGAGCGAGACCAUCGUGGAGCACCUGUAUCGACAGGGCAUGCUGAGCGUCGCCGAGGACCUCUGUCAGGAGUCGGGCGUGGUCAUCGACAUGAGCAUGAAGCAGCCGUUUCUGGAACUGAACCGCAUUCUUGAGGCUUUACGAAUGCAGGACCUCCGACCUGCGCUGGAAUGGGCCGUCACAAACCGACAGAGGCUCCUGGAUCUGAACAGCAGUCUGGAGUUCAAGCUGCACCGACUCUACUUCAUCAGCCUGCUGAACGGAGGUGUGGAGAACCAGUUAGAGGCGCUACACUACGCUCGGCACUUCCAGCCAUUCGCCGCGCAGCAUCAGAGAGAUAUCCAGGUGUUGAUGGGCAGCCUGGUUUACCUGCGCAAUGGCAUCGAGAACUCUCCGUACCGCAGCCUGCUCGAGACCAACCAGUGGGCCGAGAUCUGUAACAUCUUCACUCGGGACGCCUGCGCCCUGCUUGGCCUGUCCGUAGAGUCUCCGCUCAGCGUCAGUUUUGCGUCGGGGUGCAUGGCCCUGCCUGUGUUGAUGAACAUUAAGCAGGUCAUCGAGCAGAGGCAGUGUAGCGGUGUCUGGACACAUAAGGACGAGCUGCCUAUCGAGAUAGACCUGGGAAAAAAGUGCUGGUAUCAUUCAGUGUUCGCGUGUCCCAUCCUGAGGCAGCAGACCUCCGAAAGUAACCCACCCAUGAAGCUUAUCUGCGGUCACGUCAUCUCUAGAGACGCCCUAAACAAACUCACCAACGCUGGGAAGUUGAAAUGUCCGUACUGUCCGAUGGAGCAGAACCCCUCGGACGCUAAACAGAUUUAUUUCUGACAUCCCGGAGUGGCGCGGAUCAACACAGCGGAGGCUCCCCAGCGUGUCGGAGGCUCCUCGGAGUGGCUGAGUCGGAAUGAUCCACGUUCACGGCCUUCUGCGGCGGCUCGAACCGUGGCGCCGCCGCGCUCCCCUAACCCCCUUUUUUUAGUUGGCGCGGGCCGGUGGUCAUGACGACACGCACCUGUAGAUUUUGAGUCAAGUUAAGUGUAUGUUACGAGGACCGAGCUCCACGGAUCAUCCGCUCAUAUAUGAUACACUCAUUAAUGACUCGCAGGCUUUUAUAAGUAUGCGUGUGUUUUUUUUUGUUUUUGUUUUUUUUUCCCCCUCCUCUCUCUCUCUCUCUCUAUCUAUCUCUCUCUCUAUCUAUCUCUGUCUCUCACACCUACUUACUUUCUCAUUAAUAUAUUUUAAUUUAGUUAAUUUCCAGUGUAUGGUUUAAGAGAGCCGGAUGUAUGCUUGUGAACAGGUGUGCCCUUCCUGCAUCGUAUGUUUUUCACGGUUGCUUAUUUACCAGAUAUUUAAAUGACUAUAUUAUAGAGGCUUUCAGCCGGUGUACAUGACAGAAAAGGCUUUUCAGCAAGUAUAUUCACAGAGACGUAUUCAAUGAGGACAGGAGGUGUUUGGUGGAGGGCUUUUGUUAGUGAAAAAAAAGCCUGAUCUUGCCACUCUUCAUGAUGGUGUAAUGAUUUAAAAGAAAUAAUAAUAAUAAUAAAACUGACAUUCGAUUUAGCCUGUCGGAUUAUUGGUUAAAAUAUCCGCCGGAGAUGUGUGAAGUGAGCAGAUCGAUCUGACGUUCACGGAUUCCUCAGAGUAACAGAUAAUGUGUAUUGCUUUGUGUAUAUAUUUAAGGAAAUAUUUAAAAGGGAAAAAAAAAUGAUACUACUGUGAACUGUGACUCUUUUCAUUUAUUUUAUUUAAAUUUGUUUCCCCCUCAAUAGUUUAAGCAUGCCGUCUCAUCGGCAUGCCGUUAUAAAGUAAUUCAGUGUAAUACGGGAUUCCGUCAACCCACUACGGACACAAAGCAGUGUUGUAAAGCCUUAAAGAGAUGACUGGCUCCAUCAGGAAGUUAAAGUUGCUGCACUGAAUGCUUCACGAGUUGGUCUGCACCUCAAUUUUUUUUUUUUUUUUAUGCAGAAGAAAUGUCAGUUUUAGCCCUCAGGGUUAUUAACCUAAUGAACUUGCUUUAUGCUUUUAAACUGGGAUUAUGUGCAUGUUUGCUACUUUUGUGUGUGUGUGUGUGUGUGUGUGUGUGUCCAAAAGAAGCAAAUUCCACAAAAAUGACAUGUACACAAUUUUCCCUUAACCACAUAUGUAGAUGAUCAGCCAAGACAUGUUUGCUGUAUGAAGUAAUAAUCUUUUCAGUAUUAAUGCAGAUACUUAAAAUGUACAGUGCUGUGCAAAAGUCACCCUUUUUUUUUUUUUUUUUUCUUUUUUUUUUUUUUAGUUUUCAAUACAAACUUUGUUAAACAUGUAUGCUUCACUGUGAGGUAAAAAAAAUAUUUCCGAUUGACUAAAACUUGUAUUUCAACAAAACAUGUAAAUCUGGCAGGCCAGAAAAGAAAGCAGCAUAUGUAAAAACACUUCAGACCAAAAAACUUUUAGGACUAGGUUUUGCCUCAUGGAAAGAAAUAAAAAGCAGUUGGGAUAAAGUCCUCGUUAGGACUAUGGUUCUGUAAAAUGUUCGUUAAAACUAAGCAGCUCAUUUCCUUAUAAAACUUUAAAGUUGUAACUGAGACUAACAUAAAUUUUUGGAUUUAAAAAAAAAUCUUCACUUUGUUUCAUUAAUUACAGUUUACUGCUGUUUAUAGUAUUUGUUUAAAUGUAUUAAUUUUUUUUUAGACAUCCUUGCUCUAGUGUAAUUUUUGCACAGUACUGGCGAGUUUUUUUAAAUCAUUUUAUUUUUUUAAAUAUAUAAAACCUUUCCCUUUUAAACGUUACAUUAUUAGUAAGGCAAUUAAAAGGGCAAAAAAUACAUAGUGAAGUAACAACUUGCACGAAACCACAGCUUUCACAUAAAAAUUACAUGUAUAGAAGAAAUGAUUAGUAUAUCCCGUCAGGUUUCUUUUAUACGUGGGUAUUUUAACCUUCUGUUCCAUUUUUACGUUUGUAACAUGAUGCAUCAUAUUUAUUUUUCUUUCCUCUGGUAGCAGCCUGGUGCUGAUUUGAUCCAUCACUAGCUCAGGAGCAGAUGUAUCUUUAUUUCUAAUCACAGAAAAUAUUUUCUUCUUUUGGCUGAAAUAUCAUCUUGUGGAUACAAUCUCGGUCCUGGCUCCCAGCUGCAUCCGCUCAACAAAUAGACUUUUUUUUUUUUUUUACCCCUCUCAAAAACAUAUUGCAUGCGAAGUUGUCAAAAUGUGAUAUACAUUAUUUUCUACCUGAUCUAAAACUGAUCAGCACUAGUGUAAAUCCCUGUAGACCACUUUGAUUUCCGUCAAAAAAAACUGACUCAGGCUUAUUUAAAGCCUGGUACAUAAACCAUCAGAUGUUAUGUUUGAUCAUUAACAUCAAAGGGAAAUUUGUGUACGUGUCAACCGAUUGACAACCAGCAAAGCUAAACCUGAUGGAUGGGAUUUAAGAAGAUAUCCUAAACCCAUGAGUUAAACAACCUUGUCUUUCCCCAUUUGUGUGUUCUUUUUUUCUUUUGGUUUACUCUGCUUCAGUAGACAAUCAGAUUCAGAGUCAGACAGGCCUGCAUGAGAUCAGGCCACGAAGUUAGCUCGACUUUGCUCUCAGUUUUCGCCCUGCUGGAUGAAAUGAAGCUGUUUUGAUUUCUAAAACCAUUUAUGUGCUAAAUCAGGGGUGUUUUCUAGAUGAAGAAACUGUUCAGGAGCUUGAUUUAUCGGUGAUUUUAAAAUCUCCUUGUGAACCUCUCUUCACCGAAGCGUAAUACGAAGCAAGCCUUUUUUCUUUUUUUUUUUUAAUAAACCAUUUAGUGAUUCUGUAAUCCUCUAUAACGCACUAUAGGGGUGUAUUUGUACAGCUGUCGCUUUAUUACACACUCCUGCACUGUAGGUUUUGUCGUAGAUGUACAGAUGUUUUAUUUACUUACUUUUAAUGUACUUUUUUUUUGUUCUCAAUUUCUGCUACUACAGUAGUCUUCAAUAGAUGCUAGUCUCGGUUACAUCACAAGGGGGCAAAAGAGAGCAAUAAACAGCUAUGAGCUUAAAUUUGUAUGAUGUUCCCAAAAAGUUUAUAUAUUUAUAUGAUUAAGGGAAAUUUUAUACAGGGUUCCACAAGUCUUGAUCCAUAGUCAAAGAUGUGUGUGUAGAAGUUUACAUUGGAGGCAAAUGCUUAAAUUGACAGUCUCGGACAAGGCAAGAAGGUAGAAAAGUUCUAAAUGUUUCAGCCCUAAGAAGAGAUCAGUCAAUUGGUGUUGGGUUUGAUUCUGUUCCACUUUCUGUUGUUAGUUUUGAAGCCAUCUUGGAUCUGAGAUAUAAAGAAAAACAACUUAAUGUUUAGCUUUAUAUUAACGAACCAAACUUUGUUACCUUAAAUGAUUUUGCUCCCCCUGUGCUACACUGGUUGUCUGUUACACCUCCUGCAUAACCUUAACAGCUGGUGUGUGUCUGAUAAAGCGGCGGCUCAGUGUGCUAAUCUGACCUAGAUAAUCUUAACCCCGACUUUAAACUAAACCUAGUCAUCACCAAAACACACGGGUGUCUCUCGACCCUUUAAGAAAAUCCCCUCUAAUUCUGGCUUGAGACGCAUCACAGAGGCAUCAGGGAGUCGCAGCCUUCAAGCUUCAUUUCGGUUUUAGCAAUAUAUUAUAUAAAUAUAUAAAAAAAAAUACAAAUCUGCAUUUCCUGCUACUUCUAUUGUAAAUAGUUAUCUUCUAUCAUCACAGUAUGUUUAUUAAACCUGCAUCUAAAAUUAAAAACAGAAUAAAAAUGAUGUUUAUACACA